AUGGGACGACCACGGGGAAGAGGCCAUGAACCUCAGGACCACCAUAAGUAUUGGGACGACCACGGGGAAGAAGCCAUAGCCUCAGGACCACCACCAGUAUUGGGACGACCACGGGGAAGAAGCCAUGAACCUCAGGACCACCACCAGUAUUGGGACGACCACGGGGAAGAAGCCAUGAACCUCAGGACCACCACCAGUUUUGGGACGACCACCAACAUUGUCAGACGAGUUUCCGAUGGAGAAUCUCCUCCUUUUCGACCAUAUAUUAGUGCAGCAGAAUCACCAGCUAACAUUAUACAACUUAUGGAACAAUGCUGGAGUGAAGAUCCUACAAGUCGUCCAGAUUUUCACAAACUUAAAUCUAUUGUAAAGAAAAUGAAUAGAGAUCGAGGGAAUAGUGACAAUAUUCUAGACAACUUACUCGAUCGCAUGGAACAGUAUGCAAACAACUUGGAAGGUAUUGUUGCACAAAGAACAGCGCAAUUGGUAGAAGAACAAAAGAAAUCAGAACAAUUGCUUCAUCAACUCUUACCAAAGACUGUAGCAGAACAACUAAAGCAUGGAAAAACAGUCGACGCUGAAUCAUUUGACAGUGUGACUAUUUUCUUCAGUGAUAUUGUUGGUUUCACAUCGUUAUCCGCGGAAAGCACCCCACUGCAAAUUGUUAAAUUAUUGAAUGACCUUUACACUUGUUUUGAUGCCAUCAUCGACAACUUUGAUGUGUACAAGAUUGAAACUAUUGGUGAUGCAUACAUGGUCGUAUCUGGUCUCCCAGUCAGGAACGACAAUCAACAUGCAUGUGAAAUUGCUAGAAUGGCAAUCGCUUUGCUUGACAGUGUGCGUACUUUCACAAUUGCACAUAAACCAGAUGAGAAACUACAACUGCGUAUCGGUGUACAUACAGGAUCGGUGGUUGCAGGUGUGGUUGGACUCAAGAUGCCACGUUACUGUCUCUUUGGUGACACGGUAAACACAGCAUCCAGAAUGGAAUCAACUGGUGAACCAUUGAGAAUACACAUUGGGGCAUCAACUCGGAAUAUCUUAAUGACUGUUGGUGGAUUUAUAACAGAACUUCGAGGGGAGGUUGCAAUGAAAGGUAAAGGUUUAGUGACGACGUACUGGCUGCUUGAUGAAGAGAAAUAG